AUGGCUUCUUUCAUUCGCAAAGUCGUUCGCAAUGAUGCGAUCAAGCUUGAUCCUCCGGCCGUCUAUAAUUGGAGAGUUUUUGCCAUCGCCUGUGCUGCAUGCUUUGGUGGGACAUUGUUUGGCAUGGACAUUGGUAUUAUCGGAGGCGUCACGACCAUGCCAGACUUCCAGCACGAAUUCGGCUAUGAUGGCAAAAGCAAGAUUGCCAAAUCCAACCUUUCCGCCAACCUUGUGAGCGUAAUGCAAGCUGGGGCCGUGGUUGGUGCCUUGGUCGCAUUUCCAUGUGCGGACAAAUGGGGGCGGCGCCCGAGCCUUAUGGGUGUUGCUUGCUUUGCAUUCGUCGGUGGUUUGCUACAGGCCUUCAGCUAUGGCCAUCUGUCCUGCUUUUACAUUGGUCGAUUUGUGGAAGGCCUUGGCCUGGGAGGUGCAACGAUGCUCGCGCCUACCUACGUCGCAGAGAACGCCCCGAGAGGAAUACGCGGUCUGCUAGUUGGGUUCUAUCAGUUGUUCGAGACCAUGGGAGCCAUGAUUGCUUUCUUCAUCAACUAUGGCAGUCUUUUGCAUAUCAAAGGACAUGGACAGUGGAUCGUUCCACUGUCGAUGCAGUCCUUACCUCCUGUUCUGCUGUUUGGGGCGAUUCUGUUAUGCCCGGAAUCACCCCGCUGGCUGGCGAGACAGGACAACUGGGACAGAGCUUCGAGCGUUUUGUCUCAAGUCCGGCAUCUGCCUACGACUCACCCUUAUGUCCAGGCGGAAUUACUCGAAAUGCAGACACAACUGGAGGAGGAGCGUUCCCACUAUUCCGAUAACAGCUUCUGGUCGAUCAUGAAGGAGUGCUGGCUGAUUCCAGGAAACCGAAAGCGAGCUAUAAUGAGCAUUGUGUUGAUGACUGCUCAGCAGUGGACUGGGACAAACGCUAUCAACUACUACGCCCCGGUCAUUUUCAGUAAUCUUGGUGUCACCGGCAAUUCGCAGUCGCUCUUUGCCACCGGAGUCUAUGGCAUCGUCAAGAUGUGCUCGUGCGCCAUCUUCAUCUUCUUUCUGGCCGACACGUUGGGGCGAAGAUGGAGUUUCGUCUGGACGGGGUAUUUCAUGUUCUUCUGCAUGUUCUACCUAGGAUUUUAUGGUCGAUUUGAUCCACCUAUCAAAGGCGCACCGAUCCCCGCUGCUGGUUACGUGGCUCUGGUGAUGGUCUAUCUCUUUGCUGCGGCCUUCCAAUUCGGGUGGGGGCCUGUAUGCUGGAUUUAUGUGUCCGAGAUUCCGUCGAACCGUCUACGGGGGCUCAAUGUUAGUCUGGCGGCUGCGACACAGUGGCUGUUCAAUCUGGCGGUGGCGAGGGCGACUCCGGUGAUGUUGGAGACCGUUGGAAGCAACGGUUACGGCACGUACUUCAUCUAUGGGUCAUUCUGCUUUCUCAUGGCAACGGGAGCAUUCUUCCUUGUUCCGGAAACGAAAGGGGUGUCUCUGGAACGCAUGGAUGAGAUCUUUGGCACAACGAACUUCUCUGGUAUGGAGGACGUUGGCGUUGCCGCUAAGCGAGGAGACCUGGAGAAGGCUGACGGUCUCCAUGUGGAGCAUCCCAGUUGA